AUGGCUUAUUUUGCACCGCUUCCACUUAUUGGACGAAUGCUGAGAGCCGCUCACACGCAACGCUUCUUUUGGGUCGACGACGUUUUCAUUACUGGAGUGCUGACAAGAGCAGCUAAUGUGACUCUUGUGAAUUUAAAGCAAAAUGUAAUACAUAUUCUCAAUCGAAAACCGGAGCAGUUCGCUAUCAAGGAGAACUUCUUUUUGACACGAAAACAAUAUAGGAGCUAUUGGUUCUAUGUGAUCAAUUACAAACUGCUAGAGUAA